GUAAAGUUGAAUGGGACAAAUGGUUAUCCCGGUAUUUUCCUGUCGUUUUUAUAAAUAUUGUAUGUGAGUUCAGAAUUCGUUGGAGGCGUACUGUUUCGAAAAGGCAAUAUUGGCAAAUAGAGCUCAAGGCAACAACCAGCGAACAAAGCCUGUGAUUACCGUACUGAUGCUGGAAAUUAUUGGAUUUUAAGAUUACAUAUUCUAGGUGCUGGUUGCUGAUUUGUUUUUGAUGGAUAUUAGCCCAGAAGAGCAUUCAUCCCUAUCUCAGGUGUAGUGACACAAACCGUAACCGUAGCUGGUCUCAUAACGUCGGCUUCAGGGGCACUUUCACCUCAAUUUGAGAUAUUUGUGCCAUUGAAGACUCACAGCCUUUUUCAUCACACAUCUAACGGAAAAGGAAGUGAACAAAAAGAAUUCAUCAAAAGAGAUAUUGCUGCGGUCAUGAUGGAGGUGCCAAUAGCCCAUCGAACAACAGUAAUGUAUGAUGCUUCAGCAUACUUUUCCGGCGACGUGGGCGAUGUACCUCCACCAGAAGCAGCAGCUUUCGUUUGUAAGAAUUGUAGGAAACAAAACAAGGCGUUCAUAAUUGGCUGUGAUGCCAAUGCCCAUCAUACCGUAUGGGCCAGCACGGACAUCAACAACAGAGAUAAUGCGUCCUUUAACAAUGGCCAUCAUUGGCAUUUUGAUGUUGAAAAACACCACGUCGUACUUCCUCAUAGAAAUCAUCAAAACGGACAACCCCAUCACCGACGAAGCAAUGUAUGCGGAAUAUCCAAAUCUUCGCGAACUGGACAUGAGCAACCAGACAGAAUUUGAAUUUCCCAAACAUAAAGCCUUGCUUUCACAUGAGGAAUUAUCUUCGUAUAUUUGCAAUAACUGUAAAAUACAUUCGAUCUAUAAGCAAUCGCUGUCGAAAUUGCCACAUCUAACGGCCCUGGAGUUGAGAAAAAACUCACUCGAACACAUCCAUCACGAUACAUUUGCUCACAAUUCGCGGUUAGACAAAAUAGUGCUGACUGACAACGAACUGAUCACUUUCAACGCAGAAAGCACCAUCCGACAUAUAGCGUCUCUUUCAAUAUUAGAUUUGAGCAAUAACUUUCGGUUAGAUCUAAAUCAGGUGAUGCUGAGAAGUGAAAGAAUAAUGAUUUUCCUUUGCGACAAUUGCAACACCUCCUAUCUGGAUCGGAACACGUUUGCCGGCAUGCCUAGGAUUACGCAAGUCUCACUGACGAAUAAUUCAAUUGAGCAAAUUGAUAAUGCGGCAAUAGAUUCACUUACCUAUAUAAAGACGCUCAUUAUCGAUGAUAACCGUCCCUUGGAGUCUUUAAACCUCACAUCCAAAUCACUGAAACGACUGAGCGCACAAAAUUGUUCAAUCAAAGAAACUAUACACACUAAAAACCUGCCAUCGUUGGAGUCCCUGAAUGUUCGAGGGAAUCGAAUUACUCUUCUGGAUGAGCAACAACUUCUAGCAAACCAGAAUAUCAAGAUAAUGCUAUUGGAUGAUAAUGACAUCGAAAUUAUUCCCAACCUGCUCAUGGAGAUGCCAAGAUUGCAACAGCUGUGCAUUGACCAAAACUUGUUGCAACCAUACGAACAUUCACACAAGGUGUCUUCGGUGUAUAGAAUGAGACACCUACGCAAGGAUUGCUACUUCGACAAGGAUUUCUUCCGCCAAUUUGAGUAUCUCCUGCCGAGUCAACACGGACGUGCAGUUUACAGAAAGAAACCCGAUCAUUCUGUUUCCAACAAUGAAACUAUAGACUUAUCCAACAAGGACAUCGUUUUCAUCGAACAGGAUUACCUCGUCGAUUAUCAUACUGCGAAGGAAUUAUUAUUUGACAAUAAUCAUAGGUUUACUUUUAUAGAGUCACAGUUUUUUCUUAAAAGUGAUUCAUUAGAAAGACUAUUUAUGCAGAACUGCAAUAUUACUGCUUUAUACGACACCUCAUUUGCGAAAUUACCUAACUUGAAAUUCAUCUCUCUCAAAAGAAACAGUAUUAAGGCUCUGCAUGAAUCGAUUUUUAUGAACAAUCAUGCAGUAACCUUCAUUAGCUUAGAGAACAAUGAGCUGGAGUUUAUAUCCCUCACUGUAUUUCAGCACUUUGGUAACUUGGAGACCCUCAAACUAGAUGGGAACAGAAACUUGACUAGCAUCAACGAUAAUUUUCUUCUAAGCACGUCGUUGCGUGAGUUGAGCUGUGCAUCCUGUGGAUUUACACGAUUAAGCAAUAGGACCUUUGCUUUGCUGCCAAAUUUACGAGAAUUGAACCUUGAGCACAACGCCAUAGAAACCGUUGAAGCCGGCGGACUGCGGCACAUGUCGCGACUGAAAUACCUCAACUUGAGAAAUAAUUCUCUGAAGUACUUUCUCCCCUUCCUAGAUCAACUAAGUCAUUUAGAAAUACUUUGUUUGGAUGGUCGGACACUCGAUAAUGCUACGCUGGACCGUUUGGAAGCCAGUAUCAAUCGAGUAGAAGAACUGGAGGAACGCUGUAAAACACACCAGUUAUACGAAAGUUUAAGAACAAGAUACAAUAGUAGAACAACUACAGCACGGGUGGAGGUGGAUACAAUACAAGAAUCCUCCAUUUCCUCAUUGAGAAUGGCCAAACCAUCGGCAGGUUUUGCAAACAAGGCUAAUCUUCUAUUGCUGCUAGUUUCGAUCACGUCAGUGCAUCUAGCUGCAUUAGAUUGGCUCAGGAAAUAAAAGGUUGUCGAAUUCCAGGGGCCAUCCCCUUGAUUGUGCCUUUGGGUGAGAAAAUCAAUCUCUUAAAAUUUCAGCUCAAUCGCUUGUUGCAUAAGCUGGCGCAUUUGAUUUGAAGUUUGUAUGAUGGUUCCAGUCAAAAUGCAUAGGGAAAUACACCUCCGUCAGUCUUUCGUUCAGGAAAUUGGUUCGGUGUGCUCGAUUGAUCUCAGAAUUGCAACAAAUGCAGCUAAUAUGUUAAAGAUCAAUUCCACAGAACAUUAUACGAUAUUUAAAUCAACUUUUCUAUAGUUGUCGGCCGAUCUAUUAGGGGUUAGGUUCUGCACUUUGGAAUUCAUUGAUUGCCAUGAAAAACAUACACAUGCCCAUGCCAUCGAAGAUGCCUGCUAUGGGUGGUUUCGCGCACGCUCAAACAUAUGCAGAGGAAUCAGGGUAGAAAUAUUUCACAGUCAAUGCAGUGAAAAACAUGGAUCUCAGUAUAAUCUGCAGUCGCCUUCAUCGCCGCCGUGGUGAGUGCGACUGGGUGCAGCCGAAAAGUCAUUUCCAACAGCGAUUGUUCAAUUUCGCAUUCAGCCACUCACAAAUCGCUCUGACAGGCUGCUCAGUUCGCGCCUUACCGUAUGACUGUGAGUGGCCCAUUUAAACGCGUGGUGAUUUUUUUCAAUUUGCUUGGUGAAUGUGUAUAUUUUGCUGUGGUAAAUUUCAUUUUCGCGGCGCAGUGGGUGAUGUGAGUUCUGUUGUUUACUUUUCUGCCUCUCCGGGAAUGUGAGGUUUAUUUCAAAGCAGGAAGAAAAUAAAAACAUGAUAUAAAAAACAUUACCUUCAUCCAGUGCUGCCGAAAAUUUACAACCCUGAGAGGAAUGCGCACCACAGCACAUGUCUAAGCCACCUUUAUUAUUUUUCCACCUUUUUUCAGGACAAUCAAUGAAUUCCAAAGUGCACAGCCCAACACCUACACUGCCAAAAAUAUCUAUAUAAGAUAUAUGUGUCGCCGUAAUAAAUUUUUGCAAUAGCUCCACCCUAAUAUAAUCCAUAUCGAACCACACAUAAAUUAAAUAAUUGCUAAUUCGAGACCACACAUAAAGUUUAUUUGGAUAUAUAUUUUAUUAGUACUUCGCGUGGAGAAUGAUUAUGUGUGCGCUGAUAUACAUCAUAAGUUAAAUCUAUGGAUUUUUGCCAAUAAAUUAUGUGUGGAUUUUUAGUUAGUGUAAUAAAUCAUUCGAAACUUUAUAAAAGUCAUUUAAUCAUUUUAUAAUGUUCUGUGGAAUUGAUCUUUAACAUAUUAACCUUGCCAGUGAGAAAUGUGAGUACCACUUUACACUUACACCACCAACGACAGGAAUGGACUUACAGUGGUUUGAGUGCAAGAAAAAAUAAUUUUAAAAAAACUUGCCAAAUUUGGCAACGUUAACGUAAAAAGCUUGCCCACAGGGAUCGCUAGGUGGAAGGGUUGCCAGGCUGAUUUGGAACCAUUAGGGUUCGGGUUUUGUCGGGUUGGUCGUGUCCUAGUUCGUGAGCCAAAAGUAGGUACCUGAGAGUUAUUAGUGAAAUAGUUUUGUUGUAAGCAAACCGAUUAAUAGUCUUUGGUUUAUUGUUGUAUUGUAUCCUAGAUUUUAUGAAAGGCAAUUGUUAAUAGCUUAACAAAAGGCCACGUAGAGAAGACAUAGUAAUCGUGUGUAAACCAUUCAUGUACGGAAGUACGGAUUGUGUACACUGAUAAAAAAUCUAUAGUAGAAUUAACUACACAGUCCUGUUUAGGUUUACCAUGCACGAUAAUGGUAGACACGACUUCGUCAUCUCUAUGAAUUACCACAUCAUUGUCCUCAUUACUAUGUGAUUGUCAUUCUCGUAGUACUAUUUUCUAUGGUAAAUUUAACUGUUCUUCUACCGCUUUGACUACGGUAUGUUUUGACGUUUUUCUCGUCGCCAUUCGUAUUUUGUCCAGUGCAUCGAAAAUUUCUCUUUAUUGUUGCUUCACGUUGAAACGUAUUUUAUCAAUAUAUUGUGGAUAUAAUUGUACAUUUUAAGCCAAGCGUAUGUUUAAUUUGGUAAGAAUUAGUUAGGAUUUAUUCUGUUACAUCGAAAUAAAUGACAAAUUCAACAUAUUUUUAGAACACUACUUUUGAAUGAACGCCGCUGAAAGAGUACUUGACCCAUCCUGACCUGUCCUUGUUCCUGAGUAUGGAUUGUUUUUCCGCUCAUUCCGCGUUUUCUAUGUGUGGAAAUAGAUUCAGGCGGAGAACCGGUUAAAUCAAUAACAGGACCUGGCGAACAGUGAUUUGGGAGUUAGCAAAGCUCCAAGUGCAAAUAUGUACAACUGGACUGGAAACUCAUAUAUUUGCAUUCUCAUGCCACAUGUUAUGUUAUUUAAUAUUAAGCAUUAUUUUAAAUAUGUUUCGUUUAAUAACGUGUUGUAAGAUUUUAGCAAACUGGAAAUAAACAUGUUUCGUUGAUUGAAUACAGGUUCAUCUUUAUUUGUUCACAAUAUACCAAAAGCUGAAAAAACUACAAAGAAUACCAUGCUACCAUAGUGAAGAUAAACCAAUCUUCAUGUUAAAAUUUACUAUGUUUCGGAUUGACUCGCGCAUAGUAGCAGUGACAAGAACAUGGUAAAAUCUGCAACACGUCAUUGCUCAAGAAGGCAUAGUAAAAUCUAGCGCGCUUUGUGGUAAUUUCAAAAACUGUUUGCGUUCUACCGAAAUCAAAUGGUAAAAUGUUUUUACUGCUACCUUCGAUAUGGUAAGCGUUACCAUGCCGUUUCUUUCAGUGUACGGAAGAGACGGACGUCUAAAGGGUACUAAUGU